AUGUUCGUUCGACUCUUCAUUUGCGUUUUUCUUCCAUUGGUAAUUGCUUAUCCAUCAAAUAAAUGCAAAGAUUAUUGUUCAAACGAGGCCGUAUGUGUUAUUAAACAAGAUGAACCUGUUUGUUAUUGUUUACCUGAAUGGGAAGGUGAACGAUGUGAUUUAGUUCGACAAGAAAAUUUCUCUGUUGAAGAAGAAGAAGAAGGAGAAGGAGAAGUUAUGGAAAGAUCAAGUGUACGAAGUCCAGAAUGUUUAUUAGCACCUCCAAAUAUGUGUUUAAAUGGUGGUAUUUGCAGAUUUCUAAAUAAUUCAUAUUCAUGCGAAUGUAAACCAGAAUUUACUGGAAGACGAUGCAAAGAACAAUCACCGUGUGUUGGAUUUUGCAAAAACAAUGGCUUAUGCAAAUUAAAUCCAGAUGGAGAUCCUUUCUGUAUUUGUAAUGGGACAGGUUUUGAGGGUCUACAAUGUGGAAGAGCUGAAACAACAAUACCACCAGUAACAACACUCGAUCCCCGUUGUGCACCAAUGAAAGAAAUGUGUAAUCAAGGGUCAUGUAUCAUUGUUAAUGGUCGUCCGAAAUGUAUUUGUGGAUUAGGAUAUCAAGGAGAUUUUUGUGAUGAACCUAUAUUAGGAGGAGCAAAUUCACCAACUCCCAAUCCAACGUUGCUCCCUGGUCAAACAAAUCCUUCAAUAAAUCCAGGACAAUCAUCAGCUGUUCCUCCAGCUGGAGUCAAUUGUGCCCAAAAUCCUUGUCGAAACAAUCGUCCAUGUUAUAACAAUGGAAAUUCGUAUUUCUGUUAUUGUGGAUCACAAUUCUCUGGCAUAAAUUGUGAAGUUCGUCAAGGAUAA